AAAAACCCCUCUACCUUCCCACAAACGGGGCGGAAUAUACACUCAAAAUGCCCCCCACAAAACAAGAACUCUCCCUCCUAAUCAACCCCCUCGUCUCGGAGUCCCUCGCCCACAACAACCGGGUCCUCACCUCCCUCCACAGCGUGACCGCCUUCCUGCUAGGCCUGACCGCCGGGAUCCUCUCGCUGCAGUCGGCGACGGGCUUCGCCUUCUACUUCCUCGGCACGGUGGUCGUGUCCGCGCUGUUCCACGCGCUGGUGCUGUAUCGGUCCCGGGGCUGGGGCGCCGGGAUGUAUUUUGCGGGCGCGCAGGGGGAGGUCUUGGGGCUGGAUGAGCGGGGGAUUGUGCGGGGUAAGAUGGUGCGGCGGGCGGCGUGGCGGGAUGUUUGGUUUGGGGGUGGGGUGCUGGGGGAGGCGUUGUCGGGGUUUGUGUUGGGGUGGGCGGGUGUCGGGGGGGUUUUGCGAUGA